AUGUAUCUCCCGCGUUCUCUGAUAUCCAAGCUCUACUCGCACCUCCAAAACACUCGACAUCCUCUCUCCCCGGCUGUCCUGAUCCUCGUCGCGCUCGAACCGGACGCUCUCUGCGCUUGCCGUAUCCUUACCCGCCUCCUCAAGCAUGAUUACAUUCCGCACAAGAUCCAGCCCGUCGCGGGCUACAGCGACCUGGAGAAGGCCGGAAAGGAGCUCGUGGUCCCCAUGAUGGAGUCGCAGGGCGGCAGCGGAGGGGUUGUCGUCUGCCUUGGUGUUGGAGGCAUGGUCGAUCUUGGCCCUCUGCUGGGCCUGGAGCCCGAAGGCGAAGAAUCUCCAUACAGCGGCGUCGAAGUCUGGGUCUUUGAUGCUCAUAGGCCUUGGAACUUGGCCAACGUCUUUGGUGGCUUUCCACUCGAGCCCGUUAACCAAGUGUCAAGUUCAUACCAGUCGAGAAGUCCGGCCGGAGUUACAGGAGGCGCCAUCAGUCGAUCAUAUAACUCGGGCAAGGGCGGCAUCGUGGUGUUUGACGACGGCGAUAUUGAGGGGGAGCUUAUGACGGAGCGGGAUGCGUAUCUUGCGCUUCUGGAUAUGCCAGACAUUGAGGAUCAGGGCGAUGAGGACUCCAGCGAUGAGGAAGACGACGGCGAUGACGACGACGACAAUCACGUUGGUUCUGAUCAAGAAGAGCCAGCUCAUGCGGGGCAGAAGAGAAAGAGCUUGAACGAGGAUGACUCUAGCGACGAUGAGGAAUCACGGCCUCGCCAGCGGCGAAGAAGCAAUUCCUCAAGUUCCAUAGCCAGCUCUCCUCGCAGGCCCAAGCCCAGAGGCCUAAUAUCAAUUCGAGAUCCUGGAGUGCUGUCGAGCGACCCUGUCGAGCCUCCAUCAGGGGCCCAACCUCCGCCAAACGUUUCUGCCCGCACCCUAAGAAAGCGGCUAUUACGAAUGCGGCAAGAGAAAGAAACCGUCCUACACCAAUACUACAGGAUGGGCUCGUCCUUUUCAGAACCCAUAUCAUCCAUGAUGUACUCGUUGGCCUCCGAACUAGGCCGCGAUGACAAUGACCUUCUCUGGCUGGCUAUAGUAGGAGUUACGUCAAUGGAACUAUACGGAAGGUCAUCAGCGGGCGUUGCCGCGCCCGUUCGUUCUAGUGGAGGUGGGAAGCCGUCAGGGUGGUUUGGCAUGCGAGGUGCCCGCCUGCGACAGCUCCUGCGAGAUGAAGUCCGGAGAUUGAACCCGCCAGAUGUGGCAAAUGGAAAAGUUGCCCCUGAAAACAACGGCAUCAUACCAACCACGGCCAGGAACCCUGAAGACACAGGCAUUCGCCUGUCGCCAGAGCCGAGGUUUCUUCUGAUCCGACACUGGAGCCUCUACGACAGCAUGCUGCACUCCCCAUAUCUCUUUUCUAGACUAAGAACUUGGAGCGAGGCAGGUAUCAAGCGGCUUCACAAGCUUUUAGCCAAAAUGGGAGUCAGCUUAGCGCAAUGCAAACAGAGCUAUACGCACAUGGACAUGAUGCUGAAGCGCGAGCUGAGGGCAAAGCUUUUGAAAUAUGGAUCGCUUUACAACUUGGACGAGAUGGUUCCUGCGGUUGACACGGACGGCAAAGAUCGAGCGGGAGCCAAGGAUGGAUGGGGCUUUGUCCGCAGCUGGGGCUGGCGCGCCACUCUCAGUGCUCAGGAUGUUGGCGUUGUGAUUGGUGCUCUGCUAGAGGUUGGGAAACACGCUCAAGCUUUGGAAACGGCAAACCCAGGGUCAAGCCAAGUGACUCGCGAGAUGGAAGACGAGGCAGAGCUUGCUGCGCAGGGCGAGGAGUGGGUUGGACGCUUCUGGGAAGCGUAUGAUGCAUUGGAAAACAUUGAUGCCCUCAAAGCUGGACUACCAACGGCGCAAUUUCUGCACCGCGCGAUCUACCGAACAGGAACAUCUCUCAUCAACAAGAAGCAAAUCAAACACCUUCGCGCUUUCCGCAUGUGCGUUGUUAAAGAUGGCCCAGAUGUCGCUCUCUUUACCCACCCAGCCGCCUUGACGAAGCUGGCUCUCUGGAUAGGAGAGGCUUUGGCUGAGCAGGAAAAAGAAUCCCACGGCAAACUAUCCCAUGGUGGCCGUGGAACGCCCUUGGUAGUGGCGAGCCUAAACGAGAAACGUGGAGUCUACAUUGUCGUUGGUACGGGAGGUGGCGGAGGACCGGAUACCGUGUUUAUGAACAAGGCCACUAAACAAGAGAGGCAAUCAAACAAAGAAGCCAAGGCAAAGAAGAAAGAGGAGGCCCAAAAAGCGAAAGAAAAGAUCCGGGAAGAGAAACGAGCGGCCCGGCGAGCUGCGAAUCAAGGCAAUGACGACAACGAUGACGAUGAUGAACUAGAGACGGAGUCGGAGGGGUCUGACUCGUCAGAGUCGGAAGACGAUUCGGAUGAUGAGGAUGCCGAGAAUGACCGGGGCUACGGCCUCAACAAGUUUGGCAACGCAUUCCAGGAGGUUGUUUCUGAGACGAGCGCGCGUGUCCGGAUCGACAGCUUUGAGCACUCUGUCGUGGAGGUCAAGAAGGAAGACCUGGGAGGUUUUCUCGAAAGUCUGAGCGAAAAGGCCGUGGUUGGUUGA